GAAAAGGACGUAGAGGGGGAAAAGGUGGGGAAGAAGGAAGAGGAGGAGGAAGAGGAGAUGAAAAGGGAAGAGUAGGAGGAGGAAAGAGAGAAGGAGAAGAAGGAGAAGGGGGAAGCGUUGUUGAUAAGGAUAUCCCCAGGUUUCUGUGCGUUGCUAGACAUACGAUAAACUUCCCGAGUGACGUGAUCAAAUUGCCCCGCAUAUUUUCCCCUUCUCUCACUUCCGUCGAUAAACGCGGGGCGGGAGACGUGGUAGAAGGAAGUAAACGCCAAAGGGAAGACGAAGGAGAAGGAGAGGGAGAUAGAAGAAGAAGAAAAAGAGCGUGUGGAAAGGACGACCCUCCACACCACCGACAGGAGCGCCUGCAGAUGCCCUCUCGGAGACGUGACCACACCCGUACCAUAACCUCACCCUCGACGCCCCUUCGCAAGGCCUCGAAGCCACCCACUUCUGCCAAAGCGAGGCCGAGGUUAGCGCCCUGCCCCAGAGGCCUUAGUAAGGAGCCCCUGCUGCUGCUCAUCGCCCUGCUGGCCUGUACCUGCUCCGCUCUUCCUACUCUUCCGCCGAUUACUUACCCGCAUCCCGCUGUGACGGCUCAAGAACCAGC